AUGAUUCGAAAGGAACUUCCAUCGCAACCAUGGGAACAAAUUGCAAUAGAUUUUCUUGGCCCUCUUCCAGACGGUGAGAAUCUUUUAGUUUGCGUAGACUACUACAGUAGAUACAUGGAAGUCAUCGAGAUGACAGAAAUUUCAUCCACGGCAACCAUUAAUGAGCUUUUGACUGUUUUCUCCCGUUAUGGCAUACCUCGAUCAUUGCGUGCGGAUAACGGUCCUCAAAUGUCUUCAGAUGAAUUCAAAGCAUUCUGCGAGGAAUACGGAAUCCAUUUAGUUAACACUAUACCUUAUUGGCUCCAGAUGAAUGGGGAGGUGGAACGUCAAAAUCGCUCUAUACUAAAGCGACUGAGGAUAGCGCAAGAACUUGGAAAGGACUGGCGAACGGAACUUCGAAAGUACUUGUUAAUGUACCACACCUCCAACCACACAACCACGGGUAAGCCACCAUCCGAGUUGAUGUUCGGGCGUCGUGCACGAACGAAGCUCCCAACGGUGCCUCCAGUCCAAAUUGAAGAUGGGGAGAUUAGAGACCGAGACCGAAUGGAGAAAGAGAAGGGGAGACAAUAUGCUGAUAUCAGAAGGAAAGCAAGACCCAGUGGAAUACAAGUUGGUGAUCACGUAUUAGUCAAGCAGAUGAAAAAAAAGAACAAAGUCAGUGCCGACUAUUCACCCGAGCAAUUUCAAGUGGUUCAGAAAAAUGGAACAGAUGUUUUGCUGAAAUCUCUAUUUAGCGGGAAAAAUAUUAGGAGAAGUGCAGCACACUUAAAGGUUGUUCCAAGUAACCCUGAUCUUCAAACGGGUCCAGCGUCUUCGGGAGAAGAGUUUGUCUCUGCAAAGGAAAAGGAAUGA